AUGUUGGACUUGGUCUCGACAAAGAAAAGCAGUUCUCGGUCCAUUAAGCGGCCUGGGCUUCGGCACCACAGAAAAGAGAACUUUGUUUGUCACUUGCCUGUGUCUCGCCAGCCCACGGAGAGCUGUGAGGAGGCCAUGCAUCCCAGAAAGCUAAAUAGCUCCACCACAGAGACCCCGAGCCACCAGGACCUGCACCGAGAGCUGCUACUCAGCCACAAACGAGGCCUGGUGUUGGAGGAGAAGCCCGAGCUGAAGAGAGUUCUGGAACAGAGGAGGCUGGAGCAGCACAGAGAGCAGGAGCUGGCCCUGCGGCCUCCAUCUGACCUGGAGACAGAGCUCCGCAAGAGGCAGCAGAGACUGCAGGAGUAUGAGGAGGAGGAGCUUAAGAGGAGGGAGACUCAGGAGAAAGUUCCAGAGUUCAUCCGUGUGAGGGAUAAUCUACGGCGUACGCAGGUGUCGGGGCAGUAAGGGUCACAAACUCUUACAUGCCCUGCAGUCUCUCCUAUGCCUCUCUCCCAUAACUCCCAUAAUCACUGCAGCAAACACUGGAAGGACAAUGCAACAAUGAGCACGACUGUGCUUCAUGUUUGUAU